AUGUUCAACAAGUUGAGAGUUGUGUCCGCCAAUUUUCUGAAGUCCAUCUCAGUAAACUGCAGUCGGUACUUCAAUGAGUGUCCUGUUAACUCUUGGAAUGCUGAUAUUGAAGCGGCCGGUGGGUUUUCAUGUACAGGAUCAGUGAACGAUGGAUCAGCUCUGAUACUGGGGGUAUAUCCAGAGGAUAACCACGCACUAUCACAGACAAUUUGCUUGACCAAAACUGCUGCUUUAUUCAACCAUAACAUUAAUGGCAAACUUGUUGAAAUGUUGAAAGCUUCGGGACCAUUGCCUAACAUCGGAGAGUUUAGAGUUUUCCCUAAACUAGAACCGAUGUUCAGUUUAGUGGCUGUUGUAGGCCUUGGGGAUAACAAUGCAGGCUACGAGAAGAGGGAACAAAGGGAUGAAUCUAAAGAAAACAUUAGAAAAGCUGUUGGGGUAGCGUGCCGUUAUUUUCAGGGGAUCGAAGUUAACAAAAUAUUUGUUGAAGGAUUUGAAGAUCCUGAAUCUGCUGCAGAGGGGGCUUUCUUAGCGUUAUGGGAAAACCAACACUUGAGAGCUCCUGAGAGACGGAAAAUAAAAAUCCCAGAUGUAGUUAUGUAUGGUGACUGUGACUGGAAAAAGUGGCGUAUCGGAGUGGAAAAAGCAGAAGCUCAAAAUUUUGCUCGAAAGUUGAUGGAAACUCCAGCAAACCUAAUGACACCAAGAGCGUUUGCAUAUAACGUUGUACAGGCAUUGUGCAAAACCAGUGUAAAUGUCACUUUACGGGGAGAGACAUGGCUAAAGGAGCACAACAUGAAUGCGUUCCUUGCAAACACGAAAGGUUCACCUCAACCUCCAUUUUUGUUAGAGAUGACGUACAAUGGAUGUGAUCCAGCGAUUCCUCCAAUCAUUUUAAUUGGUAAGGGAAUAACUUUCAAUAGUGGUGGGUUAUGUUUAAAAACUUGUGAAGAAAUGAAACACAUGCGGGGAGAUAUGCAGGGAGCAGCUGUUGUGGUUGCCACUUUUAAAGCACUUGCUAAUCUUGGACUGCCGAUAAAUGUGAGAGGACUGAUUCCGCUCGGUGAAAAUAUGCCUGGAGGAACAGCUGCAAGGCCGAGAGACAUAAUAAAGUCAACUAGCGGAAAAUCUAUUUUAAUCUCGCCGAGGGAUUUCAAUGGUAGCUUGAUGCUAGCUGACACCCUAUGCUAUGCACAGCAGUUCAAACCCAAAUACAUCGUUAGCCUAGCUACUUUGUCCAAAGAAGUCAAAACUGCCUUUAAUUUGUCAGCUUCUGGGAUCUACACACAAAAUGAAAAACUAUGGCAACUAUUGAAAACAUCCUCAAUCCAUUCUGGAGACCGGCUGUGGAAGCUGCCUAUGUGGAACAUGUAUGAACGAGAAGUGAAGGACUUUACGAGUGCAGAUCUCUCAAUUCUGUCAAAAUACUUCAGAAGAGGAAUCAGUGCCACAACAACAGCCCUUCUCAACCAGUUUGUAUGUAAACCAAACUGGGCUCUGAUUGACACAUAUGGAACAAUGUUUGAAGACGGAAAAACAUCCUACAUAAAGAAAGGAAUGUCUGGAAGACCUACAAGAACCAUGGUUGAAUUUCUCGGACAAAUGGCUUACCCUCCAAGAGAAAUGCUUGAACAAAGUGGAAGUAAUGAGGAAGAAGGAGCAUGA